GUGUAUUAUGCGCAUGCGUAAUUUGUCCUUUUGCAUUGAACUCCUGAAAACAUGGCGACUCCGGCCAAAGUGAGCAAGCCAGAAGGGAAAAACAAUCAUGAUAACGCAGAUGAGCAAGCUGACAAAGAGCAGCAAGAGGCCAUUGAGCAGAUAGAUGAGGUUCAGAAUGAAAUAGACAGACUAAAUGAGCAAGCCAGUGAAGAAAUUCUCAAAGUUGAACAAAAGUACAACAAGCUACGGCAACCUUACUACUCGAAGCGAUCCGACCUUAUAGCAAAAAUACCAAACUUUUGGGUGACAGCUUUUGUAAACCAUCCUCAAAUAUCUGCACUAUUAAAUGAAGAAGAUGAGGAAGCCCUACAGUUUCUCACAAAGGUUGAAGUUCAGGAGUUUGAAGAUAUAAAAUCUGGUUACAAAAUAAACUUUUAUUUUGAUAGUAACCAAUACUUUGAAAAUGAUGUUAUAUCAAAAGAAUUUCACUUGAAUGAAACAGGGGAACCAUCAUCAAAAUCAACACCUAUUAAGUGGAAGAGUGGAAAGGACCUAACAAAAAAAUCAAGUACACCUAGCAAAGGAGGGCGUAAGCGUAACAUGGAAGAGCAGGAAUCCUUCUUCUGUUGGUUCACGGACCACGGCGACGCCGGAGCAGAUGAAUUAGGGGAGGUCAUCAAGGACGACAUCUGGCCAAAUCCAUUGCAAUACUACCUGGCAUCUGAAAUUGAAGAAGAUGGAGGAGAUGAAUUAGAUGAGGAAGGCAUGAUGGAUGAAGAAGAUGAAGAGGACUAUGAAGGAGAAGAAGAGGAAGGUGAAGGAGAUGAAGAUGGAGAAGAUGAGGGAGAUGACGGGGAAGAUGAAGGUUGAACUGCCAUGGAAACCAUCAUUCAUUGUUAUCAUUCUUUUAUAUCAUGUGACAGUUGUUGACAUUUCAUUCUCGUGGAUUUUUCAUGUCGACUUCUCAUUGUGCAUUGUUAAAGUAGUUCAUAGAUGUCUUGGGUGUGUCCUAACAUUUCAAGCUGUUUGUUUAUCAGCCAAUACCUUUUUUGAUACAGUUUGUUUUUUAAGUUCAUUAAGGAAUUCUUUUAGUGUUGUCAUAUUUGAAGUAUUUAAAGAAUUUGUAUGUAUUUGGAAAUAUAGUGAAAUAAAAAUGAUAUUGAAUAAUUGUACAAGAAUUUGAUGUUAAGAAAUUCAAUUAAAUGCAGUUAAAAGACAGUUUGUACCAUUCUUUGAAGUGAACUCUUUGUAUCUCAGUUCAUCUCCUCCAUUUUGUUGGAUGUUGACCAAGACAUGUGGAUCAAGCACUUCGUAUCAUAUGAUAAAAUCAUGUCUUUUUCUGUUCAAAUGUCAAGAACUUGCAAAAUAAAUUUUGCAUGUAUUUUUA